AGGGGAUGGUGGAGAAGCUCCGUAAAACCUUUUACAAAAAUUCUUAUUCCUCUCUAACCAUUAAAACUCACGCAUUCUGUGCGUCCCCCAUUUUUACAAGAACAACACAAGAAUGAAUGAUUUGGCAGCUCCAUUGAUCGCUUCGGUUCUGUUUGCGUUUCUGUCGCCAGGGAUGAUCAUUCAGAUGCCGGGAUCGGAACGCCCCCUCGAGUUCAUGAAUUUGAAGACCAGUUUUGCUUCCAUCUUUGUUCAUGCCGUUGUCUUUCUUCUGCUCCUUAUUUUGUUACUUGUUAUGCUCAACCUCCAUAUUUACAUUUAGACCUCUGCUUCUUCUUCUUCUUCUUCUUCCUUCGACAUCACGCUGCUGCUUCAUCCAUGUAAUUUUUCUUAAUUUCUCUCGUUGAUUCGUGAUCUGUAGUUGAAGAACUUUCAUGUUGCUUACUCUUCAUCGAAUGAAAAAUUCUCUCAUCCGCUUAAUUUCAAGUUCA